AUGUGGCAGUUCGAGUCGAAUCUUUAUCUGGAUAUCGCUCGUUUGCUUUUGUCAUUUCUGCAUGCCUGGAAUCUCGAUAAAGAUCUUGAUGCUGUCUGUGUAAAGAAACUGGCCUUGAAUAAGCCCAAACAGCAGCUCUACUUUGGAAAUGUUUCCAGACAUGGACAAUUGUCUGUCGUAUUACCGCAACGUACCAAGCGAACCUUCGAUACAUUUUCGACGGAUCUUCGGUGGCAGGCUAGUCAUUCCUUGACGACCACUCACUUGUUAGCAGUCAUCUCUACAGCCAACACUUUGAUGGGUAUGAGGAAUGCAGCUUCACAAAUCGAGAACACCCGACGCAGCUCCUUGGCAAGUGCACCUCCACUAGCGCGCAAGACGACGAAGGAGGGACUCAUAAGUGAAAGGCAACAGCUAAAACAAGGAUGGAGCCUCUUAGCAGCAUUGCACUGCGUCCUAUUACCCGACCAUGUUCACCCGAGGAGCAGCUAUGCAGCGCCACGCAUCGAACUUCUUGCCAGAAGAUGGCAAGACAGCUGUGUGGAGAUACGAGAAGCAGCGCAAGCUUUGCUUAUCCGUGAAUUAUCACGAUUAGGAGCAUCAGGGCGGAGACGUCUCAUAGAAUCCUGGACACCAUUCCUGCCACCCUUGUUGGAUCCAGCAUUGUCCAUAUUU